CCAACCGUUGAAUAAGGAGAAAAGACACACAGAUCCUCAAAGAUUGUAAGACAGUUUGACUCACGUCUGGCAUCACGAGGAGGGAGAGGAAUGUCUACUCACCAUUUUCAACUCCUAGCACUUCUCCUUUGUUUUCUAUCUCUGACAGGAGAUGCUGUCAGGCUGGUUGGUGGGAGCACUAAUUACUCAGGUACAGUGGAGGUCUACUACAACAACCAGUGGGGCACUGUGUGUGAUGAUAGCUGGGACAUGAAAGAUGCGCAGGUGGUGUGUAGACAGCUGGGAUGUGGAGGUGCUGCCUCUGCCCCCAUUGAAGCCCAUUUUGGCCGGGGGAGUGGGAACAUCUGGAUGUAUGAGGUCAACUGUACUGGUGCUGAAAAAUCCCUUACAGAGUGCUCCCAUCGUGGAACGCAUAACUGUAGCCAUGGUGAAGAUGCUGGUGUGGUGUGCUACGAUAACAGCACAAUAUCUGGUCCGGUGAUGGCCGCCAUGAUGAAGAUCGGCACCAGGGUCAUGAGGGGUCAGGACUGGAAGUGGGACAACCAGGAUGGAAUCCCUCCUGGUCUGGGCCUUGUGAUUGGUUCGCUGAGUGAGAGCGGGUGGAUUCGUGUGAGGUGGGACAACGGCCAUAUAAACUCGUACCGCAUGGGCGCUGAGGGAAAAUACGACCUCAAGCCGGCCGAGCCACUGCCCUCUGCACUGCCCUCUACACAGCCAGCCACCGGAGAUGCUGUUAGGCUGGUUGGUGGGAGCACUAAUUGUUCAGGUAGAGUGGAGGUCUACCACAACAGCCAGUGGGGCACUGUGUGUGAUGAUAGCUGGGAUAUGAGUGAUGCACAGGUGGUGUGUAGACAGCUGCAUUGUGGAAGAGCUGUCUCUGCCCCCAAAGGAGCCAGCUUUGGCAUGGGGAGUGGGAACAUCUGGAUGGAUGAUGUCAGCUGUACUGGUUCUGAAGGAUCCCUUACAGAGUGCUCCCAUAGUGGCUUAGGAACACAUAACUGUGGCCAUGGUGAAGAUGCUGGUGUGGUGUGCUCAGAUAACAGCACAAUAUCUGGUGUAGAGAUGGCCGCCAUGAUGAAGAUCGGCACCAGGGUCAUGAGGGGUCAGGACUGGAAGUGGAGAAACCAGGACGGAAUCCCCCCCGGUCUGGGCCGUGUGAUUAGUCCGCUGAGUGAGAGCGGGUGGAUUCGUGUGAGGUGGGACAACGGCAAUGUAAACUCCUACCGCAUGGGCGCUGAGGGAAAAUACGACCUCAAGCUGGCCGAGCCACUGCCCUCUGCACUGCCCUCUACAGAGCCCCCUAUACGGCCCUCUGCACUGCCUUCUACACAGCCAGCCACCGAUAACAGCACAAUUUCUGGUCCAGAGAUGGCCGCCAUGAUGAAGAUCGGCACCAGGGUCAUGAGGGGUCAGGACUGGAAGUGGGGAAACCAGGAUGGCAUCCCGCCCGGUCUGGGCCGUGUGAUUGAUCAACUGAGUGAGAGUGGCUGGAUCCAGGUGAGGUGGGACAACGGCCAUGUCAACAAGUACCGCAUGGGCCGCGAGGGCAAAUACGACCUCAAGCUGGCUGAGCCACUGCCGUCUGCACUGCCCUCUACAGAGCCCCCUAUACGGUCCUCUGCACUGCCCUCUACACAGCCAGCCACCGGACAUGCUGUUAGGCUGGUUGGUGGGAGCACAAGGUGCUCAGGUAGAGUGGAGGUCUACUACAACAGCCAGUGGGGCACUGUGUGUGAUGAUAGCUGGGACAUGAGAGAUGCACAGGUGGUGUGUAGACAGCUGGGAUGUGGAGGUGCUGUGUCUGCCCCCAAUGAAGCCCACUUUGGCCCGGGGAGUGGGAACAUAUGGAUGGAUGAGGUCCGCUGCUCUGGUUCUGAAGGAUCCCUUUCAGAGUGCUCCCAUAGUGGCUUAGGAAGACAUGACUGUCACCAUGGUGAAGAUGCUGGUGUGGUGUGCUCAGGAAAUGCUGCUGUCAGGCUGGUUGGUGGGAGCACAAGGUGCUCAGGUAGAGUAGAGUUAAACUAUAACAGCCAGUGGGGCACUGUGUGUGAUGAUAGCUGGGACAUGAGAGAUGCACAGGUGGUGUGUAGACAGCUGGGAUGUGGAAGUGCUGCCUCUGCCCCCAAUGAAGCCCACUUUGGCAGUGGCAGUGGGAACAUCUGGAUGGAUGAGGUCCGCUGCUCUGGUUCUGAAGGAUCCCUUACAGAGUGCUCCCAUAAUGGCUUAGGAAGACAUGACUGUAACCAUGGUGAAGAUGCUGGUGUGGUGUGCUCAGAUAACAGCACAAUAUCUGGUCCAGAGAUGGCCGCCAUGAUGAAGAUCGGCACCAGGGUCAUGAGGGGUCAGGACUGGAAGUGGGGAAACCAGGAUGGCACCCCGCCCGGUCUGGGCCGUGUGAUUGGUCAACUGAGUGAGAGUGGCUGGAUCCAGGUGAGGUGGGACAGCGGCCAUCAAUAUAAGUACCGCAUGGGCGCUGAGGGAAAAUACGACCUCAAGCUGGCCGAGCCACUGCCCUCUGCACUGCCCUCUACAGAGCCCCCUAUACGGCCCUCUGCACUGCCCUCUACACAGCCAGCCACCGGAGAUGCCGUUAGGCUGGUUGGUGGGAGCACUAAUUGCUCAGGUAGAGUGGAGGUCUACUACAACAGCCAGUGGGGCACUGUGUGUGAUGAUAGCUGGGACAUGAGUGAUGCACAAGUGGUGUGUAGACAGCUGGGAUGUGGAAGUGCUGUCUCUGCCCCCAAAGGAGCCAGCUUUGGCACUGGCAGUGGGAACAUCUGGAUGGAUGAUGUCAACUGUACUGGUGCUGAAGGAUCCCUUACAGAGUGCUCCCAUAGUGGAUUUGGAACACAUAACUGUAACCAUGGUGAAGAUGCUGGUGUGGUAUGCUCAGGUAAAAGCACAAUGUUUGGUAUAGAGAUGGCUGUCAUGAUGAAGAUCGGCACCAGGGUCAUGAGGGGUCAAGACUGGAAGUGGAGAAACCAGGACGGAAUCCCUCCCGGUCUGGGCCGUGUGAUUAGUCCGCUGAGUGAGAGUGGUGUGGUUCGUGUGAGGUGGGACAACGGCCAUAUAAACUCAUACCGCAUGGGCCACGAGGGAAAAUACGACCUCAAGCUGGCCGAGCCACUGCCCUCUGCACUGCCCUCUACAGAGCCAGCCACCGAUAACAGCACAAUUUCUGGUCCAGAGAUGGCCGCCAUGAUGAAGAUCGGCACCAGGGUCAUGAGGGGUCAGGACUGGAAGUGGGGAAACCAGGAUGGCAUCCCGCCCGGUCUGGGCCGUGUGAUUGGUCAACUGGGUGAGAGUGGCUGGAUCCAGGUGAGGUGGGACAACGGCCAUGUAAACAAGUACCGCAUGGGCCGUGAGGGCAAAUACGACCUCAAGCUGGCUGAGCCACUGCCCUCUGCACUGCCCUCUACAGAGCCCCCUAUACGGCCCUCUGCACUGCCCUCUACACAGCCAGCCACCGAACAUGCUGUUAGGCUGGUUGGUGGGAGCACAAGGUGCUCAGGUAGAGUGGAGGUCUACCACAACAGCCAGUGGGGCACUGUGUGUGAUGAUAGCUGGGACAUGAGAGAUGCACAGGUGGUGUGUAGACAGCUGGGAUGUGGAGGUGCUGUCUUAGCCCCCAAUGAAGCCCACUUUGGCAGAGGCAGUGGGAACAUAUGGAUGGAUCGAGUCAGCUGCUCCGGUACUGAAGGAUCUCUUACAGAGUGCUCCCAUAGUGGUUUAGGAACACACAACUGUGGCCAUCAUGAAGAUGCUGGUGUGGUGUGCUCAGGAAAUGCUCCUGUCAGGCUGGUUGGUGGGAGCACUAAUUGCUCGGGUAGAGUUGAGGUCUACUAUAACAGACAGUGGGGCACUGUGUGUGAUGAUAGCUGGGACAUGAGAGAUGCACAGGUGGUGUGUAGACAGCUGGGAUGUGGAGGUGCUGUGUCUGCCCCCAAUGAAGCCCACUUUGGCCCGGGGAGUGGGAACAUAUGGAUGGAUGAGGUCCGCUGCUCUGGUUCUGAAGGAUCCCUUUCAGAGUGCUCCCAUAGUGGCUUAGGAAGACAUGACUGUAACCAUGGUGAAGAUGCUGGUGUGGUGUGCUCAGGAAAUGCUGCUGUCAGGCUGGUUGGUGGGAGCACAAGGUGCUCAGGUAGAGUGGAGUUAAACUAUAACAGCCAGUGGGGCACUGUGUGUGAUGAUAGCUGGGACAUGAGAGAUGCACAGGUGGUGUGUAGACAGCUGGGAUGUGGAAGUGCUGCCUCUGCCCCCAAAGAAGCCCACUUUGGCAGAGGCAGUGGGAACAUCUGGAUGGAUGAGGUCCGCUGCUCUGGUUCUGAAGGAUCCCUUACAGAGUGCUCCCAUAAUGGCUUAGGAAGACAUGACUGUAACCAUGGUGAAGAUGCUGGUGUGGUGUGCUCAGAUAACAGCACAAUAUCUGGUCCAGAGAUGGCCGCCAUGAUGAAGAUCGGCACCAGGGUCAUGAGGGGUCAGGACUGGAAGUGGGGAAACCAGGAUGGCACCCCGCCCGGUCUGGGCCGUGUGAUUGGUCAACUGAGUGAGAGUGGCUGGAUCCAGGUGAGGUGGGACAGCGGCCAUCAAUAUAAGUACCGCAUGGGCGCUGAGGGAAAAUACGACCUCAAGCUGGCCGAGCCACUGCCCUCUGCACUGCCCUCUACAGAGCCCCCUAUACGGCCCUCUGCACUGCCCUCUACACAGCCAGCCACCGGAGAUGCUGUUAGGCUGGUUGGUGGGAAGACUAAUUGUUCAGGAAGAGUGGAGGUCUACUACAACAGCCAGUGGGGAACUGUGUGUGAUGAUAGCUGGGACAUGAGAGAUGCACAGGUGGUGUGUAAACAGCUGGGAUGUGGAAAUGCUGCCUCUGCUCCCAAUUUAGCCCAUUUUGGCAGAGGCAGUGGGAACAUCUGGAUGGAUCAGGUCAGCUGCUCCGGUUCUGAAGGAUCCCUUACAGAGUGUUCCCAUAGUGGAUUUGGAACACAUGACUGUAACCAUGGUGAAGAUGCUGGUGUGGUGUGCUCAGGAAAUUCUACUGUUAGGCUGGUUGGUGGGAACACAACGUGCUCAGGUAGAGUGGAGGUCUACUACAACAGCCAGUGGGGCACUGUGUGUGAUGAUAGCUGGGGCUUGAGAGCUGCACAGGUGGUGUGUAGACAGCUAGGAUGUGGAGGUGCUGUCUCUGCCCCCUCAAAAGCACACUUUGGCACUGGCAGUGGGAACAUCUGGAUGGAUGAGGUCCGCUGCUCUGGUUCUGAAGGAUCCCUUAUAGAGUGCUCCCAUAAUGGCUUUGGAACACAUGACUGUAACCAUGGUGAAGAUGCUGGUGUGGUGUGCUCAGAUAUACUGCCAAAACCACUUCUCAUCCUUCAAACGGAAAGAAAUUCAUCUUGGGGUCAGCAAGUCCAGAUGAGCUGCUCCAUCUCCACUCAGUACCUGGGUGGGACAUUCACCCUACAGCAGCUCUCUGGGUCCUAUAGAGAGACAAAGGCAGCCUCAGGAACCUCUGCAGUUUUCACCAUCUGUCAGGUGGACUUUGCCCAUGGAGGAUCCUACUACUGCCAGUAUCAAACACAAGUGUCUGGUCACAAUAGCACAUCCUCUGGCAGUGAUCCUGUCAGCUUCUCUGUCCUUGUGUCCCUGUCACAGCCCAUCAUCUCUGUGAGUGCCCCAAAGGGAGAGCUGGUCUUGGGGCCCAACGGCCCAGAGGUCCCCUGGGGCAAAAGCUUCUCCAUCGUCUGCUCCACCAAGCCACAGUACCAAGGAGGCUCUUUCCACCUCACCUCUGAUGGGUCAGCGGAGAUCUGGACUGAGCAGGCGGUCAAUCACUCUGCCUCUUUCGACUUUCCUGAAGCAGACUUUUUCCAUGCAGGAAACUACAGCUGCUUCUAUGAGGUCACUCUGUCUGCACGUGUGUUCACCUCGGGAAGAACAGAUGUGCUUCAUGUGAACAUAAGAGCAUUAUUCCAUCAUGUGCAUCCUUCUGUGUUCUAUGGGCCAACACUUGGGCUGUUGCUCCUUGCGAUAGUCCUGUGCUCAGUGUUGCUGUGGAAGAAAAAGAGACAGCAUAUAUACGCGAUCAAUGACGAGUACUGGCCUAUGACUUCAUUUGAAGAAGCAAAAUUAGCAGAUCCAGUGAAGACAGAGCGGGGACCAUCUCAGCUGGAAGAAGAAGUUGAAUUUGCAUCGUAACACAGUAUACAUGUGUGGAUGAAGAUCUGUGAUUUUGCUUCACUGAUUUGCCAUGAUUGUGCCCCAUCUGUCUGAUGCUGUUUGUUUCUUUUUUGUUUUUCAAAAAUAAUGUCAGAAAUGAUCCUCAUCUUAUAAAUAAAAAGCAUAUCCUCAUCUUAAAUUAGUGUGUGACAGCAAAGGUGAGAUCUAUAUGUACCUUACACAGCUGCUUAUGAUCAUUACAGUACUGUACUGUUAUCACUGGACUUUUUAUUAAAUAUUCUUCAGACCA